AUGAAGCGGCAGAACGUGCGCACGUUGGCGCUCAUCGUGUGCACCUUCACCUACCUGCUGGUGGGCGCCGCCGUCUUCGACGCGCUCGAGUCGGAGCCCGAGAUGAUCGAGCGGCAGCGGCUGGAGCUGCGGCAGCAGGAGCUGCGGGCGCGCUACAACCUCAGCCAGGGCGGCUACGAGGAGCUGGAGCGCGUCGUGCUGCGCCUCAAGCCGCACAAGGCCGGCGUGCAGUGGCGCUUCGCCGGCUCCUUCUACUUCGCCAUCACCGUCAUCACCACCAUCGGCUAUGGCCACGCGGCGCCCAGCACGGACGGCGGCAAGGUGUUCUGCAUGUUCUACGCGCUGCUGGGCAUCCCGCUCACGCUGGUCAUGUUCCAGAGCCUGGGCGAGCGCAUCAACACGUUCGUGAAGUUCCUGCUGCACCGCGCCAAGCGGGGCCUGGGCAUGCGGCGCGCCGACGUGUCCAUGGCCAACAUGGUGCUCAUCGGCUUCUUCUCCUGCAUCAGCACGCUGUGCAUCGGCGCGGCCGCCUUCUCCUACUACGAGCACUGGACCUUCUUCCAGGCCUACUACUACUGCUUCAUCACGCUCACCACCAUCGGCUUCGGCGACUACGUGGCGCUGCAGAAGGACCAGGCGCUGCAGACGCAGCCGCAGUACGUGGCCUUCAGCUUCGUCUACAUCCUCACGGGCCUCACGGUCAUCGGCGCCUUCCUCAACCUCGUGGUGCUGCGCUUCAUGACCAUGAACGCCGAGGACGAGAAGCGCGACGCCGAGCACCGCGCGCUGCUCACGCGCAACGGCCUGGCGGGCGGGAGCCUGGGCGGCGGCGGCGUGGGCGGCGGCGGCGGGGGCGCGGGCGGCAGCGUGCACACCACCGACACCGCCUCCUCCUCGGCCGUGGCGGCCGGGGCGGGGGCCGGAGGGGGCGGCGGCGGCGGCUUCCGCAACGUGUACGCCGAGGUGCUGCACUUCCAGUCCAUGUGCUCCUGCCUCUGGUACAAGAGCCGCGAGAAGCUGCAGUACUCCAUCCCCAUGAUCAUCCCGCGGGACCUCUCCACGUCCGACACGUGCGUGGAGCAGAGCCACUCGUCGCCGGGAGGGGGCGGCCGCUACAGCGACACGCCCUCGCACCGCUGCCUGUGCAGCGGGGCCCAGCGCUCCGCCAUCAGCUCCGUGUCCACCGGCCUGCACAGCCUGUCCACCUUCCGGGGCCUCAUGAAGCGCAGGAGCUCCGUGUGA